UUCAUUAGCGCAACCGAGGGUAGUCGUACUUAGGGGAAGUAAUUGUUUUUAUUUUUAUUUUAUCGUACCUGAUUUAAACCACACACGGUAAAAAAAAUGAGACUCAUCGAAAAGGUGUUCAACCCGACGGGAAAGAAUCAUGUCGGCACCUUAAUCUUCUUCCAUGGAUCAGGAGACACCGGCAAUGGUCUGACGGAGUGGAUUCGGUUCCUGCUGGGACGGGAUAUGGAAUUUCCUCACAUUAAGGUCGUGAUUCCGACGGCACCGGUGCAACCGUAUGCUCCGAUGGGCGGUGACAAUUCCAACGUUUGGUUCAAUCGGAAACGGAUCGAGAUGGAUUGUCCGGAAAUUAGGACGUCACUGGCGUCGAUCUACGACACCGUGAAUGAGAUUUUGAUUCGGGAGAUGGCCCAGGGGGUGCCGGCUAGUAGGAUUAUUGUGGGUGGAUUCUCGAUGGGAGGAGCACUAGCGCUGCACACUGCAUACCAUUUAAAUAGGGAUUUGGCGGGGGCUUUUGCGAUAUCAUCUUUUCUCAAUACCGGGUCCAUUGUGUACGAUUCACUGGACGGUGUCGCCGAGGACGAACACUUACCCAGUCUGAUGAUGUUCCACGGAGAGAGGGACACCCUGGUACCGACCGAGUGGGGUCAAACGACCUUCGACGAGCUGGCCAAACUGGGCGUCCGCGGUCAGUUCGUACCGCAUCGCACCGCACUGCACGAGAUCAAAAAGGACCAACUGCUGCAGGUCAUCAAAUGGGUCAACGAACUGAUUCCGGAACCACGGGACCCGUCGUCAUCACCCUCACCCGAGCCAGCAUCGACCGCGGCGACAAAGAAGACUGCCCCUGCGAAGAAGGGCAAACUGUGAUACGGUUCUAUUGCUACCUUCUACCGUGCCAGCACCAUAUUUGACGUUUUUCUAAUGAUGACGCACUAGUCUAUUUGAGAUAGCAUCU